AUGGGCGGAAUAGUGCCUAAGGUUGCUGCGAAAUACACUGAGAUACAACCACCUAUUCCUAUAAACCCGCAUAUCGAAUCCCAAAGACAAGUUGUGGGGUACGAUUAUGAGAAUGACAACAAUUGCGGGAAUGAAUUGCAAACUUUGUCUUUGCAAUCCAUCUUCAUCAGAGAAUCCUUCUAUUUCAGAGUAUCCAUCUACAUCAGAGAAUCCGUUUUCUGA